UGUGACACAUAUAAAUACAAACUUGUGCUGAGAGUGGGGUUGUAAGUUGUAACAGUGGGAGGUUGGGGGUCCCAAUUAUUGUUUCUACUUCUCUCAUGCACCGUACCCGUUUUGUUUUCUUUUUAUUCAAGGUGUUGUUGUGAAAUCUCAUGGCAUGCUUAGACAUGUAUAACUCGGAGCACAAGGGUAAUCACUGCGCUCCAAUGAGCCCCAGAAUCUCUUUCUCAAAUGAUUUUGUGGAUGUUCAGCAAGCCAUGAAGCAGGAACAUAGAGGCUCCAGAUCAGAACCAGUGUCCUCAGACUUUGAAUUUUCAGUCACAAACUACUCCAUGAUGAGUGCUGAUGAGCUUUUCUACAAGGGAAGGUUGUUGUCUUACAAAGGCAAUUGCAACAACCAGAUGCAGCAGAAAGCCACCACCACUCUCAAGGAAGAGCUCCUUGUGAAUGAUGAUGAAUAUGAGAGUUUCUCUCUCAGGCCUCCCAAGGCCUCCUCAACAAGGUGGAAGGGACUUCUAGGUCUUAGAAAGACUCACAUUGGCUCCAAGAAGCCUCACAAAAGUACCGAAGGUUCAUCAGAAGCAAGGUCUGAAUUGGUCAAUGAGGGGCCUCCUAUUAAUAUCUCUUCUCAGGAGCUGUUGAAUGAAGGAGGCUCAAGUUGCUGAGAUUUGGAGAUUGGCAUAUAAGUAAUGGUUGGUGGUAGUGUUGUUGAAUUUGUAGAGGAAUCAUUGGACCCAUUUUUCUUUUUUCUCCUUUCUUUUUGUGUUCCUUGGUGACAAGGUGGAGGGGAAAAAGGAAAGGUCAUGUUCUUUUUUGUUUGGGUUAAGUUAAGUGAUAUUGUGUUAGGAAUUUGCUUGUCAAUUUCGAUUCUUCUUUUGUUCUCUUCUUGUUUUUACUGAUCCCUGUAGAAUGUAGGAUUCGGCUAUUUGCUGUACAAAUUAUUUGCUUCUUGCAUUUCA